GUGGCACUCCAUAACAAUUCAUUACAAUGAAUAAAAUAAUUUGUUCUAUGAGACUACCCACAAUCCAAUCGACGAAAAACUCAUCGACCUAACAAUGGCCGUAACGCUCUUUGUUGGUCGAAAAUAAGGAACAAUUUAUGAAACGAAACGGCAUGUUUUUCUUCAACGAUGAACUGUCAUUUCAUACAAAACAACAGAUCAUACAACUGGGAAUCUUCAGCAAAACAAUCCUUGAAAGGAUUUACAAGACAGCUAUUAUAUACAAGUGGAAACGCACACUCAAAUAAAAGGAAACAACUCGGUGCUACUAAUUCUGUUGGAAAAAUAAAUUGGUAAUCUCCAGCAUAACAAGGCGUCAGAGAUUAGAAGGACAGUCAUGACGUCCUCAUCAUCAAUAUUCAGAAAAAGUCGUAAAGAACUGGAACAACGUUACAAAUGGUCAGGUAUCACGCAAACGACAACACUAAGCAGAGGUACUAGUUUAAGUGGCAUACCCCCGAGUCUAGGUUCAAUGACUGAAACAGGUAAUGAAAUAUGUCCUUUAUUUACUGAUACUUGUGAAAACCAAAACGUCGGAGGGAGUGGAGAAUCGGCAGAAGGAAUGCAACUUGAGACAGAUAACGAGAGUUCAAGCGAAAGCGAACCAGAUGUGCCUAGUGUGGGCGAGAAAAUUGUAUCCUGGCACAUAAAGUACAACGUUUCCGAGACUGCUACCAAUGAUCUACUUCAAUGGUUUAGUCAGCAUCACUUUCCAGAUCUACCCAAACGUAUAAGUACUUUAAAAAAAAGUGCUAAGCUACAAAAUAUAGAGAUUUGUCGCAUGGGCGAUGGAUAUUACUGUUAUUUUGGAAUCAAAAAAAUGAUCGAACACAUAUUAUUGAAAAAUGAAAAAAAUGCCCUCGACAAACGCUAUGAAAUCCAGUUUGGAAUUGAUGGAGUGCCUCUGGCCAAAAGUUCGCGUAGUAGUUUUUGGCCAAUCAUGGUGAAAAUGAACAAAUUUCCGGAUGUUUUGCCGGUGGCGGUUUAUCAUGGGCCUGGAAAACCAUCAAAUGUUCAUGAAUACAUGCAAGACUUUGUGUUGGAGCUUCAAAAUUUGAUUGCAAAUGGAAUGGAAUUUAACAAUACUCAAUUGGAACUGUCUGUAAGUGCUUUUAUAAUAGAUGCCCAAGCGAAAGCUUUUGUUCUGGAUAUAAAGGUAAAACACAGGAAGUGGGUUAUAUCUAUGGUAUAACCGCAAGGGUGACGUAGGACUAUCGUUGAUUUAGAGAUCAUUUGUUUGAAGUUGAAUCUAAAUCCAUUCUGAAUGAAUGAAUAAAUGAAUAUUUGGGGAACUUCGUAAACAAGAGCGUUACGUUGAAGGCACAAGGUUUCAUGCAUCCAAUAUAGGAUACGAAAAACCUUGUUCUGAAGAAUAAUCUUCAGAAGCUUUCCUGCUAACUGUACUUGAUUGACAAAUCACAAACCCAAAUGUAUUAUAUGGAUAUUUUAUGGAUAGAAAACAUUAAAAUAAACUCUUUCGCUUGAAUGUAAUUUUCAAUUCCAAGGGGAACUGGCAGAUUAUUUUCCAGAAAUGAUUAGAUCUUUCCGGAACUUUCGCGAUGCUGAAUGGAAAGCCAAACGGAAAGAAUUCCGCGCGUGUAUGUGUGUGUAGCGAUGUCUUCCCGGGGAACCGUUUGUGGCAUCACUCUCCUCCUGAUGGAUUCCCUUCUGGCCUAGGGUGCACAAACAGGUGACACCGUUCAUCCGCGCUUUCAUGAUAAACGAAGAGCUUCACCACAAAAGCGACAACAUGCUCCCAUCGCUGUUCAAUUAGAACUGAGUGGAUUUCCGAGCGGCGCUCGCUUAUAUACCGAUUGGUGAUUUCAAUAGCUUGUUUUGAAAGCAAUUUUAAGACUAUUGAAACAAGUUUUUGGAUCAAAAAGUAACAAGUAUAGAACGCGUAGACAUUUUAUCUUUCGAAUGAAAUGUUUAUCAUACCAUUUCGUUCAGUUGUUUAAGAGCUAUUAACGCUCAAAAUCUCGGUCUCCGGCGUAACGCUUUCGUUUUCGAAACUUUGAUUUUACACCCCGGUAUAGAAAUGAAAGACGUAGUCCUACGUUAAAACAUCUCCGUAAUAUUUCGAUUAAACUCAAUGUUUAUAGGCAGCUAACGGUUUGUACGGAUGUCCGAAAUGCACAACCAAGGGCUAUAGUGUUGGACACCGAACUGUGUUCCCAAAUAUCGGUUGGACCUCUAGAACGGAUGAAUCAUUCAAGAACCUUUUUGACGAACAUCAUGCGAACACCAAUAGACUCCCGCCACUCGCUGAAAUAAACAUUGGAUGCGUUUCAAAGAUUCCUAUCGAUUACAUGCAUAACAUAUGCCUGGGCGUUGUUAAGACGCUUCUAAAUUAUUGGAUAAAUACGGUGAAUAAACCCUAUUCACUGACCAACGCGCAGAAAAUGGAAAUAGACUACAGAAUCAACGCUGUAAAAUAUCAGAUAUGUUCAGAAUUCGUCAGAAGACCGAGACCAUUAAAGGAAUUUAAGUACUACAAAGCAUCCGAAUAUCGUUUUAUCUUGUUAUAUCUUGGUCCUUUUAUUUUUUUAAAUGUGGUCGAUAAGCGGUUUUUCGACCAUUUUUUGAAACUACAUGCAGCGAUAGGAAUUUUAUGCCAUCCUGUUCUCCAUAAAACCAAGAAUGAUAUCGCCAAAAAUCUACUACAUGCUUUUGGGCAUGAGUUCCAAAUGCUGUAUGGAGAGCAAUUUUUCGUAUACAAUUUUCACCUAGCUACCCACUUAGCUGAUGAUGCAGUAAUACAUGGAAAUCUUGAUGCAUUCUCAGCAUUCCCAUUUGAAAACUAUUUACGGAUAUUGCUUACAUAUAUAAGGAAAGCUCCGUUUCCACUUCACCAACUGAAAAACCGUCUUGGUGAAAAAAUGAAAUAUUAUACAUACAGUAAAAAAAAAAUAUUUCGACAGAAACACGGGUCAUAUUGUGCCAUUACCACCAAACAAGAUGUUCUGAUAACAACUGAGCCAAACGAUAAUUUCGUCUAUCACAAUGGAUAUAUAUACCAAGCAAAAAACAUAAGAAAACACGGAGACAUAUUCAUGCUGGAAUGCAAUUUGGUAGUGAAUAUCGUUUCUCUUUUUGUUGAUCCAGUGACCUCCAAAUCCAUCGGUGUUUAUUGCUGCGAUAAAAUUUCACUACGGCCUAGUACAGUGCAAAUCAAUGCUGAUAAUUGUACGAAAGUAUUGCACAUAAAAUUAGACGUAAUAACUGGAUUAAUCGUUAUUAUGCAUAAGAAUCACUGA